AAUGUAUUUAAUAUUUCGAAUUAUAAAAGAAUUGGAAACAACAACAACAACAACAACAACAACAGAAAAUCCAACAACAACAACAACUGAAAGUACAACAACUGAAAAUCCAACUACAACUGAGAAAGAAACGUCUACUUUAACAACUACAAUAAAAUAUACUACAAGCACUACUGCUACAACUAAUAUGCCUACCACAACCACUGAUGUUCCUACUACAUAUCAAGUUCCGGAAGAUUUCAAUGGCAACCCGUUAAUAUCCAGAGCCGUUUCAACACCAAAUGAAGGCACUUUAAUCAUUCUUAGACCAGAUAUUAAAUUUCAAAAUACUGGAAAGAUAUUAAAAGUUUCUUACUAUCUUUCUCAAUAUUCACCUGACACAGAAGAAAUGUACAUUUUUAUAUUAGAAAGUGAUUAUAUACCAAGAUCUAACGAAAAUUCUUAUAAGGCUGUCAAAGAACAACGAUGUAUAGCAAAUAAAGUUGGUGUUAACGAAUGUUCAUUAACUCAUUUUAAUUAUGAAAUUAAUGAUGUUAUUGGCGUUGGCUUUGUUGAGAAAUCUGGUCUAACUUAUGACAUUGAAACUUGCGUAAACGGAGGUUACGAUAGACCUAAGAUUUUUGAAUCUUUAACAAGUCCCUCUGGUGUUUUAUAUACUGAAACUCAAUUCACUCUACUCAGCGAGUGUCGGACUUAUAGUAUUCAAUUUGAAUUUCAGUACGACUGA